AUGGGAGAAGACGACUUGGAUGUCGAUGACGAUGAUGCUGUGGUUGAUGAAACAGGUCACAGUAGGACCAUUUCUAGAAGACUUUUGGGAAGCUUAGGACUGAUGGACAUAGGCAUGAACGAGCAACGUUUUCUUGAGUACUUAUCACUCCCACCGGAUCAACCGGUCAACAGCCAUCGUCGGCUGUUUCGCUCGUUACGGACGCGGAUGCAACAGAUGAAAAUGAAUCGCUCUCCCAUUUAUCCUCGCAAAAUUCCAUCAAGGCUCCGGACGCAGCAACCAAUAAUGAUAAAAAAAGUCUCGAAUCCGGUGGACGAAGAUGACAGAUUUACAAAAAAAGCACCUAUUUGGAAACCAUGCAUAUAUCGAAUUCACAUUUUUUCCACACUCCUGUCGAGUCCGUCGAAGAGUUGA